AUGCAGGUCAACCCCACUCCGGUGCAGCUGAUCGUCCAGUUCCUGGAGCAGGCGUCCAAACCGUCGGUGAACGAGCAGAAUCAGGUUCAGCCUCCAGCAGACAACCGCAGGAACCGAACCCUGAAGCUGCUGGCGCUGAAGGUCGCCGCACACAUGAAGUGGGACCUGGAUUCACUGGAGAAAGGACUGACCAUCCCAGUGUUGAACAUGCUGCUGAAUGAGCUGCUGUGUGUCAGCAAAGUGCCUCCAGGUGUGAAACAUGUGGAUCUGGAUCUGUCCACUCUGUCUCCGACCACCGCCAUGGCAGUGAUCAUCUACAACCGCUGGUAG